UUACCUGUUGAUUCUCGUGAUAAGUAAAGAGAGAAAUUUGGAAUAAAUUAAUGACUAGUUCUUGGGCCUUUGUGAAUAUUUUCAUAAUUAAAACUCGGCUCCCGAUCGGAGGAUAUCCAAUUUUCUAUAAUGCAUCUUAACUCAGUUUUUGAGAGAUUUAGAGGAGUGAGAGAGUUUGAAAAAUUUAGAGACAAUUCUUUAAAAAUAUAUCCAUUUUUAGCUUAGGUCGGACACCUCUUCAUUUGGCCGCUUGGUGUCGUGUCGGUUAGAAUUUUUAAAUUUCUAAAAUACCCAAAAUUAUUAGGCACAAAUGUUGUUAAACUUUUAAUGGCAAAAAAGUCUAUAGCCGCGACAGCUAGAGACCAACAAGGAUGGACGCCAUUGCAUAUUGCCGUCAUGGCUAAUAAUCGUCCGGUACUUGAAAAACUUCUUGAGGCAAUGGGACCAGCUGGGGCUCAAAUUUUUGAUCACGAUUCUCGAACUCCAUUACACUAUGCUGUACUUUAUGAUAGAACUGAAAUUGCGAAACUUUUAACCCUUCAAGCUGGUGCCACAAAUGAUACAAGAGAUCGUUUUAAUGUAACCCCGGCACAUUAUGCAGCAGCAUGUGGCUCUAUUUCAACACUUAAGGCUGUCUUAUGUGAUAGGGAAGGACAACAACAACCUGUAGAUAGUGAAGGAAGAACUCCAUUUAUGUGGGCAGUUAUUGGACAAAAUGAAAAAUUGGUGCUACAAAUGUUAAGCAACAAAACUAGAGCUAGUCAAUUACUUGCUUGUAAAGAUCAUUUUAAAAGAAAUUGCCUUCAUUUAGCAGCAUUAAGAGGUGGAGUAGAAAUGUGUAAAUUACUUGUAGCAAGCAAUAAUACAUUAAAUGUAGAAACUGAUGAGAAUGGGGCAACACCCGAACAUUUAGCUGCUGGGCAGGGAAAUAGUGAAUUAGUCCUUUGGUUUGGGUAUCAACGUGGACACUUAUCCCCACCUUUGGAUGGAAUGGAUAGAACCCCUUUUUUCUACGCUUGUUUAGGAGGGCAAGUAUCAACAGUCGAAGCUAUGGUAAACAAAAUAAUUUUUUAA